GAGGUAUUAUUUUACUGACAGUGCAAAGGUCAAGAACACAAGCAGAAUGUUCAUUUUUUUAGAAAUCACAAGUUUCGUGGACUAUGUAUUGUCUUCUAAUUGACUGAAAUUAUAAUGUGGUGCUUUACCCUCUCGAUCGUCUUUUUUCUGGUGUUGUCUUGCCAUGUGGAAGCUGAAAAAAAAGAACAUCACAUAGUACUCACUGAUCAGAAGUUGCUCCUAAUAUCGACACUCAAUGGCGCUCUUGUUGCUGUAGACAAAGCUAGUGGAAACAAAUUGUGGACACUAAGUGAAGAUCCAGUUCUUGAUGUACCUCUUGAUCCUUCGUAUAGUUUGAAGCUGUUACCUAACCCUAGUGAUGGGAGCCUGUACUCAUUAGGAAGAAAUGGAGAUCAGUUAGAGCGACUUCCUUUGACCAUUCCCGAGCUUGUCCAUGCCUCUCCAUCACAAAGUAGUGAUGGUCUGCUCUACACAGCUCGAAAAUCUGAUGUGUGGUUGGCUGUAGACCUUCUGACGGGCACCAAGCUACAUUCGUUAACAACUGAUGGUGUGUUAUCUUGCCCCACAGCAGAGUAUCCUGGUCCAGUGCUCCACAUUGCCAGAACUGCCUAUACAGUGACUGUUUUUGACAAAGAAACUAACACUCAAAGGUGGAAUGCCACAUACAUGGCUUAUGUGUCAAACACCUUCGAAGGAGACUCUUCAAAUGAUCUUCUUCAUUUCUCCUCUAGUUCAGAUGGUAUGAUGUUAUCACUUGAUAGACUAACAGGGAAGUUAGUAUGGCAGAAUGCAUUUGAGUCUCCCGUGGUAGCUGUUUAUGCAGUGGAGGGUGGGGCACUUAGGAAGGUUCCAAUCACAACCACUGCUCGUUGCACAAUGAACAGACUAACUGGAUCGUCAGUACUAGCACUGAGGACAGAUACAUUUGGCAUCAAGGCCACAGAUGCUGUUCUUCAGUCAUCACUGUUCAUUGGUUUCCAAGACAAGCAGCUCUAUGCUAUGAAUUCUCUUGUGGACGAGGAAGAAGUGAAAGCUGAAUUUCAGCUUACUGACCAGUCGAGGAAUGUCCCGCUGAUUGAAGGGCCUGCAGUCGUUGUUAAUCAGAAAGAGACCGGAGUGGCUGGCGAAAUCUCACAGUCUGAUGCACAGGUGAUAGACACUGGGCAUUACUGUCUACCUAUUGACUCUGAUCUGAAAUUCUACCCACUCUCCAAGCAAAUUGAGCUGGAGUUUCUGGCACUGGUUAAGUCUCCCAUAAAUCGCCAGUCAGACUACCACUUAGCUGCAGACGGAGAACCGAGAAAACCCUCUGUCACAUCAACUUCCUCUCCAGUGGACAAGUCUUAUGACAGGUUGAUGAUACCUGUGACUACAUUUCUGUUGUCCACCCUUGCUGCAACUAGCAUUGCUGUUUUCAUCACUUGGAUAACAAAUAAGAAACAGGCCCUUUUUGUACAACCCCAGUCCCCAAGUGGGUCUCGUGGCUCCAUGUCUCAAGGCUCCAACGAGUCUCGCUCACUAAAUAUAUCGCACAGCUCAAGCUCAUUUCAAGGCUCUGAUACCACGGUUAGCAGAGUGACGGAUGAUGGAAACAUUGUUGUUGGCAAAAUUACGUACUCACGUCAAGAAAUUUUGGGGCAUGGAAGUGAGGGCACUGUUGUUUUCAGGGGAGAGUUUGAUACACGGCCUGUCGCAGUGAAGAGAAUGUUGCCGGAAUGCUUUCAACUAGCAGACAGAGAAGUGGACCUUCUCCGACAGUCUGAUCAGCACCCGAAUGUUGUCCGAUACUUUUGCAUGGAGCAAGAUGUUUCAUUUCGCUAUAUUGCUCUGGAGCUGUGUCAGAGUACACUUCAUGAGUACGUUGUCAACUGGCAGUUUGACAACUCCGGCAUAUGUCCAUCCACAGUGCUGUAUGAAGCAAUAAAAGGACUGACAUAUCUUCAUGCUUCAGGAAUAGUUCACCGUGAUAUUAAGCCACGCAAUGUCCUGCUGUCCUUUCCUGGUGUCAAUGGAGAGAUCAGAACCAAGAUAUCAGAUUUCGGACUUUGCAGGAAAUUGGCUCAGGGGAAGGUCUCCUUUACUGCCAAAUCUGGAGUCACUGGAACUGAGGGAUGGAUUGCACCAGAGGUUCUUGAAGGCAACAAGCGAGUGACCAAUGCAGUGGAUAUAUUCUCCAUGGGCUGUGUAAUUUACUAUGUGCUCAGUGCUGGUCAACAUCCAUUUGGAAGCUCCUUGAGGAGACAAGCCAACAUUGAGUCUGGAGACUACUCACUGAAUGACCUUAAUGGAUCCAACAAGCAUACAGCAUCAGAACUGGUCAAGGACAUGAUCAGCCACAACUACAUGUUCAGACCCACAUCAGCCGAAGUUUUGAGUCACUGUCUGUUCUGGAAAAGAGAUAAGCAACUGGCAUUCUUUCAAGAUGUUAGUGACAGAAUUGAGAAGGAGCCUGUAAACUCACCUAUUGUUCAGGCUCUUGAGCAGGGAGGUCAGUGUGUGGUGAAAGGUGACUGGAGAAAUCACAUCUCUGAUGAGCUGAGAGAGGAUCUUCGCAGAUUUCGUUCUUACCAUGGCACCUCAGUGAGAGAGUUACUACGAGCCAUGCGAAACAAGAAACAUCACUAUCGCGAACUCCCUGAAGAUCUGAAGAAGGCUCUUGGGAACAUUCCAGAUGAUUUUGUUGACUACUUUACUAAACGCUUCCCGUUGUUGCUAAUUCACACAUUCAAGCAAAUGCAGAUAUGUAAGCCUGAACGUUUGUUCUCUCCAUACUACACUGAUAAUUUCAGAUGAACUAUGUAAUUAUAAUCGUAGCCUCGUGUUCACACUUUGUAUUCAUUCAUUCAUCACCAGUACCUUAUUAUUACAACCGUCUUCUGCAUUAAUUAAUUUUAUAUCAAUUUUGUAAUUAAAAAGACAAAAUUAUUAUAGAUC